AUGGACCGGUACGUGGCGCUGCUUGGUGUGAUGGUGCUAGUAGUGACGGUGGAGCAGGCGAUGGGCCUUCUUCGGCAUGAUCCGCUCGGCUGUCACAAUGGUACGAAGAUUACGGUAGACGAGUGCUGCGCAAUACCGGCACUGGCCGAUAAGACCAUCGUUGAGAAGUGCAAAUCCGAACAUUCCUUCAAGCCACCGAAGAAAGACGCUAAAGAGCGUGGUCCUCAUCCAGGAGCGUGCAUCGCUGAGUGUAUUCUGAAGGGGAUGGGUGCCUUCAAGGAUAAGCAGAUUGAUGGUGCCGGGUUUAGGAAAGCCAUCCAACCCGUCGUCAAAGCCAAUGCCAACUUUGCUAAAUCGAUUGAGGAUGCAGUUAAAGCGUGCGAACAGCGCACCAACAUGGAUACGGACUUUUCGGUCAGUACGGACAGUGCCACCUGCAGCCCGGUGGGCAAGCUAUUCGUUAACUGCGUUUACGGGACCUUGUUCGAGCAAUGCCCAACGAGUGUCUGGCAGAAGAAGGACGAAUGUACGCUGCUGAAGGACAAGAUCAAGAAGGGUUGCCCGUACUUUGCCAUGCGCAAACACCGCCGUAUGCGUCCAACCUAA